UAGACAUGUCAUAAACAAACAUGGCGGGAUGGAAGGAAGUUUUUGAAAUAUUUUGUCAACAAAACACCUUAACUGUUAUAGCGUUUACAUAUUUUGUCAUAUGCAUCAUAACAUAUUUUGCUUUCAUUUGGAGGAAAGUAAAAAUCCCCAAAUUUCCACGCAAAAUACUGCUGAUCACAGCUCACCCAGACGAUGAGUGCAUGUUCUUCUCUCCUACAGUUCAGGCAGAAACUUCUAAAGGAAAUUUUGUAUAUGUGCUGUGUUUAUCAAAAGGUGAUUACUAUAGAAUUGGUGACAAGCGUAGAAAAGAACUGAUAAAAAGCUGUAGUAUGCUUGGAAUUCCUGAAAGAAAUGUACUCCAAGUAGAUCAUCCAAAGUUACCCGAUAGUCCAAGCAUAGUUUGGGAUGCCACAGUUUUACAGAAAGAAAUAAUAGCUGUUAUAUAUGGACUACAACCUAAUAAGGUCAUUACAUUUGACAGUAAUGGAGUAAGUGGACACAAAAAUCACACUGCUCUUUAUCAUUGUAUACAGGAUAUUUGUGGGAAAAAUAGAAUGCCUAACCAUACCAGAGUAUUUGUUUUAAAGACUACUUCCAUUUUAAGAAAGUAUUUAUCCAUAUUAGACCUACCUUUAGCUUAUCUUACAUCCAAGAGAACAUUUGUAUCAACUCCACUGAAGACAUUUUAUGCAUGGAGAGCCAUGUUUGCACACAGAAGUCAGUUAAUGUGGUUUAGAUUUCUCUAUCUGAUUUUCUCCAACUACAUGUUUGUUAAUUCACUGCAAGAAGUCUGUCACCAUGGAGAUUGUUAAACAGACAAUUUUAACCAUAGCUGCAAAAUAGCAAUGUUUUCACAGAAUAGCUUCAAGAUGGCCAUGUUUUCACAGAAUAGCUACAAGAUAGCCAUUUUUUCGCAGAAUAGCUGCAAGAUAGCCAUGUUUUCACAGAAUAGCUAAAAGAUGUUUUCCAAGAUAUUAGCUGCAAGAAAGUCAUGUUUUCAGAUAUUAGCUGCAAGAAAGCCAUGUUUUCACAGAUACAUUGUAUUAGCUUUUGUUGUUAAGUUUAUUAUUCUGCUCUAGGCUACAUAUUUGUUAAUGCAUUUAAACAGUUUGUAAUGCUGAAAAGUGUUAGACAUAGGUUUUGCAGUCAUGUUUUUUUGUGUUAGCAGUUUGAACAAGUUUGUAAGUUUGUUAGGUAGGGACAACCUAACAAUGUACUCUUAGGCAAAAAGUAUGAAAAAUGUUAUUGGUUACAUUUAUUCAUAUAAGGGGUCAUCCAUAAUUGUCAACCACUUUCCAAAGUUUACAAAACAUACACUUGUGGGAGGGAGCUUAAGAAUCAACAUUUUUACUGUACACUAUUAAAAAAAAAUAAUAUAAGUCAGAUAUGUUUCAGUUUAUUUUCAAUGCAAAUUUUUAUGUUAAACUAAAACAUAAUAGACAGAAUCUUCUCCUUAUUAAGACUGAUUGAUUCUGAAAAUGGUUGAUGUACACUUUUUGAGUGUAUGUUUUGUUUACUUUGGAAAAAGGUUGACAAUUAUGGAUAACCCCUAAACAAAUAUGACUGUUUCUGACCCUUUAAUUGAAAAUCAGAUGUUUAUCCUUUUAGCUAACAAGGAAAUCAGGGAUAAGUAUAUCUUUUCAAUAAAUCCUUUGUUCAGUGCAAUACACUUGUUAAUUUUGAUGGUCUUUGACUUCAGGACUUAAUUUUUACAUCUUUAGUGACCAUUUAGAUUUCAUAGUUAAUGUGCAAUAUAAUUGUUUAAAAGAUAAGUCAUUCCUCUUUUUAUACAUAUUUUCAUUUCUCUCUUAUUUAAGCUAUUGUGUUGAUGUUAUUAGUUGAUGUCUUUAAUAUUUAAUGAUUUAGAUUUUUAAUGUAUUAGUACUGCAUGCCCAUUUGGUAUAUAAAGACUAAAUGUCUUUUGUUGUUUUUUUGUGUUUUUUGGAUGUUGACUGUUGUUUCAUCAAUAUAUAUCUGACAUCCUCGUAUUUUAUUUGAAUAUAUUUUCAAUAAAUGUUCCAUCAGUAUUAGUUUAUUUACAUACUAAGUACCUGACCAAAAGUAUUGGUCACCUUUAUUUUUUUGCUAUCUAUUCAUAUGAAAACACAUUUAUGUUGGAUUUUGAUCAACAAAGCCUUAAAAGAAGCAGAAUUGUCUAAAGUAUGUUUGUUUAUUUGGUAAUAGUUUGUCCUCAGGUGUUUUUGUUUUCUCUUGAUAUAAACACAUACAAUAUUUUUUUAUAAUUUAAUUUGGUUGAAUAUAUAGCGAAUUUCUGAACAGAAAAUAAUAUUUUGUGUUUAUUUUGUAAAAAAAUAAAAAUGAUCCACAAAACAAUAUAUAACCAAAUAAAAAAAUAAACAUGUGACAAUUCUGCUUCUUUUGGUUCCAAGUUGCUUAAUAUCAAACCAAAAAUGACCCCAAAAUAUUUUUUUGAAAAAAGUAGUUCAUAUACAAUAUAUAUAGUAAAAUAUCUCAAGUGAUGAACACUCUUGGCCACACUCUAUGUUUAAAUCAAAACCCACUCAUGUCAAAAUUGAUCAUGUUGAUUGUAGCAAUUUUAGAUAUUUGAAAUGUGUUAUUGAUGUUUUAAACCAAUUAUUUGUUUUGUCAAAUAUUAUUACUAACUUCUAUGCAAUUAAGGAAUACAAGAUGUUUUACGUGACAUUUUUAUGUUAAAAACCCUUAUCAUCUUGAUUAAAUUUUCAUUUCUUGUACAUUUUUGUGUACUUGGUACAAUAUUUUUGCUGAUGUGGCAUUAAUCUCUUAUCAAUCAAUUUAUUAUUGCUAUAAGUAAAAGAUAUUUUGAUUGUUGUUUUUUUCUCUCCAUUAUGAUUGAUUUUUGAUACAUGUGCAGCACUAGAAUCUAUAUAAUCCACGCAAAAUCAGAAAACUUUGUUCAAAAUGUAUAAAAGUCCAAGAUUCUAAAAAUGGAUGUCUUUAAAUUAUACUGACUGUUAUGGCAGCCAGACAUUUAUGUGUCCACACUUUUAAAUAUUUAAUAUCACAACUGAAUUUUACUGAUCACUCCAUUUUAAUGUGUCCCAAUUGUUGUGUGAAUGAGAUGUUUUGUAUUUACACCUUUUUAUCAUCACAACAUUUUAUUGUCAUGUAUUUUACCUGAGAUAGAUAUUUCUUUGUUUCUUCUAUGUUUACAAACCACAGCAUUUUUUUAAAUUUUGUGCAUUAGUUAAAUGAUCUAUUCAACCACCAUUCUGUGAUCUCUGUUUUUAUAAAACUUGUAUUACUUUUACUUUUAUCAAAUACAGUUUUCAUUUUCAUUUAUGAAGGCUACAUAUGAAAAAAUAAUAGUUCAUUUUUUUGCAAAUUUUAUUUAUGUUUCACCCCUUAGAAAUAUUGUGAUCCUUGAAAUACAUAUUGGCGAAUGAGUGUGAAUUUUGAAAAUUUUAGAUGUACUUAAUAUAAUCUAUAAAUAUUGAGACCUUAAAAGGCCUUUCAUUUCUAAAUUUUUUAUAUCCCUUGUUAUUUUUCAACUUUUUAUAUAACACUAGAAUUAAAGAGAGAAAUAUCACAUACUUUGAAGGGGAGGUAAUCCAUCUUCUCGCUUAACUUUUUUUGUGUUGAUUCUUUUUAUUAUUAUAGUUCCAGGAAUAUUUUUGUUCAGUAUUUGGUAUAAUUUAUUCAACUAUGUAAAAUAUAUUAAAUUUAUAAGCUAAAUUAAAUAUUGAUUAGUUCAAGGGAAAAAGUACAAGUUACAAUGCUUUACAAAGGGAAAUAACUCCAAUGUCAAUCAAACAUCCAUAUACUCUACCUCUGUUGGAAGCAGUUCAGUUGUAUUUUAACUUCUUAUAUAUUAUUUGUGAAUAUAAUUUAAUAUUUAAUACUCAAAAUGUCUAUUAUGGUAACAGGUUGUGGUUAAUAUUGUCAGGUAAUGGUAAUUAUUCUAUGUUUUCCUAAAUGUUGGAAAGCUUAACAAAUUAGUAUUCUAUCUAUCCACAUGCAUGUUUGAAAAAACAUAUUUUUCAGACUUAAUAUUAUUGUUGUAUAUAAAAAUUUUAGUAUAAUGUAUUGCAACCUUUGUUGCUGUCGAUGAAAUAUUUUGUGAACACAGAUAUUAAUAUAUCUUCGCAGUAAAACUUUAUUAUACUUUAUAAUAAAUAAUUUAAAUAAUUGAGCAUCGUAAAAUAUUUUAUUAUUAUGAAGAGAUGCAAAAACAGGUGUCUACUUUGUUUUGCAACCAUUUCCUAAUAAAAUAAAAGAGCAUAUGAUCAAAGAAUUCAAUACAUAUCAAUCAACCUUUUAAUUUUUUUUACAAAUUUAUGUAAUUACAAUUUUAAUUUAUUUAUUUAUCAUAUA